AUGCUAACCCGCGACGAGAGGAGUCCGACCUACGGACAGGAGCAUGUGGAGGGCAACGUUUCGGACUUCAUCGAGAGUACUUUUGCUUCUCGCUACGUGGCGGAGCCCCUGCCCCGUUACCAGCUCUCCGAAUACGGGGUGCCGGCCCAUGUGUGCUACCAGCUGAUCAAGGAUGUGAGGGCCCUGGAUGCCACGCCCAAGCUGAACUUGGCGUCCUUUGUGACGACGUGGAUGGAGCCAGAGGCCCGGGAUCUGAUGCAGGAUGCCCUGGACGUCAACUACGUCGACACAGACGAGUACCCCAGUUCCACGGAGAUCCAGAACCGCUGCGUCUCCAUCCUGGCCAAGCUGUACCACGCGCCCUCCGUGGCCGGGGAGGAGGGUCGCGGCGACCCCGUGGGCACCGCCACGGUCGGGUCCUCGGAGGCCAUCAUGCUGGGCGCGCUGGCACUGAAGAAAGCGUGGCAGACACGGCGCAAGGCCAAGGGCCUGGACACUUCCCGCCCCAACCUGGUUAUGGGUCGCGAGACGCAUGUCUGCUGGGAGAAAUUCUGCCGCUACUUUGAUGUGGAAGAGCGGUACGUGUACGCCGAGGAGGGGCGGUACUGCGCAACUGCGGAGCUGCUGGAGCCGCUGAUCGACGAGAACACCAUUGGUGUGGCAGCCGUGCUGGGCACCACCUUCACUGGCGAGUUUGAGGAUGUCCAGGCCAUCGACGCGAUGGUUGACCGCGUGAACGCCAAGAACGGCUGGGGGGUCAAGAUCCACGUGGACGCCGCCAGUGGAGGCUUCAUCGCGCCGUUCAUCUACCCCGACCUGGAGUGGGACUUCAGGCUGUCCAAUGUCGCGUCCAUCAACGUCUCGGGGCACAAGUAUGGCCUGGUCUAUCCUGGGGUAUUCAUGGAGAACUACCUGGGCUCAACAGAGAGGUCCAUCACCCUAAAUUUUUCCAAGGGCGCCUCCCAGAUCAUUGGCCAGUACUACCAGUUCCUGCGCCUGGGAUUUGGCGGGUACCGGAAGAUCUUCCUGAACCUGGAGGUGGUGAGGAAGCGCCUGCGUCGCGCCAUCCAGCUGACGGAGCACUUUGAGAUCCUCUCUCCCGAGGUCGGCGUCCCCGUGGUCGCCUUCCGGCUGACAACUCUCACCGGCUCCGAUGGCAAGCCGCACCACAGGAUGUACGACGAGUUUGACCUGGCUGAUCGUUUACGAAUGAGGGGCUGGGUGCUGCCCGCCUACACCAUGUGCCCGAAUGCGGAGAACAUCAAGCUGAUGAGGAUCACCAUCCGGGAGGACAUGAGCGUGCAGAUGGCAGACCAGCUCAUCAUUGAUCUUAAGAAUGCAAUCAGGUGGCUUGAUACGCACUUCAUCUUCACGGCAGAGAUGGCCGAAAGAAUGCAGAAGAAGCUUUCACUGGAGCGUCUGGACUCGUCGACUUUCAACUCGGAUGAUUUCACGGUGGUCAGGCCCUGCUGA